GUACAUCGUUAUCGAUCAUGUCAGCAAGCACACUUUAAUGCUUUUUUUCUUCUCCAUCCACUUCACGCUCAAGUCUUAAAGCUGUGCUUUCAAUUUCAUCCAACAGAAAAAAAAGAAAAAAAAAACAACAACAAACGAGAAAAAAAAUGUAAAAAGGCGAAAAACUAGAUUCGAUUGAUUUCAUUCAUAGUUUACAGCUCGUUACGAGUGGACGUUGAAGCUUGCGUUCCUAAAAUAAAAUAAUAUUAAAAAAAACUCAUAAAGUGUCUGUUUGAUAACGCAAUAUAAACAUACAUUUAAACGAAUAGAAAAGGAGGAAAAAAAAGUCUCGCAUAGCUAAAACAUUUAAAGCAGAUUUUUCAUUAACACUCGACGAGAUUUUUUUAAAUGUGAUUUGCCAAUCAUUCGUCUGUUGACCGAGGUUUCAGUUGCAAUCGAGCGUUGGAAUCUUUCGAAUCGGCAUAAUAAUUUCGCAAAUAUAUUUCAUCUUCAAAGAAUAAAUAUUUCGUUGAAGGAAAAAAUUAUAAAAAAUCCCAGCAGAAUAAAAGUAAAAACUUUAAAUAUUUGAGUGUAGAUGAGAAGUUUCUAAAUGAAAAAUCUAAGAAAAAAAAUUAAAGUGGAAGUGUUGGGAAUUUUAAAGAUUGUUUAAGUGACAAAUAAAAAAGAUUUAGACAGACUAAAAAUAAGACAAGACUUAAAUGUGAGGCAAAAGUUGAGAAACGUAGCGUGAAUAAAGUUACGUAGAAAGUGAUUCAGAUUUAAAUUAUUUAUAUAAAUAGAAGUGAAGAAUUUUCAUGAAAAAUAACAAUUUUGAGGGACUACUAAAUAAAAACAAGAAAACAGCUGAAAUCGCAUAAUUUUUUUCAAGUUUGCCAAAAACAAAAAUAAAGCGAAAUAUUAAAAAAGAAAAAAAAAGUUUGAAGAAGUUGGUCAAACAAAACAUUUUACGCAACAGCUCGCGAGUGUUUGUGAGCAAAAGUGCAAGAUCGAAAAUUAAUUUUAAAGAUAUAAGAAAAGGAAAAUUGUGAAUUAUGAAGGAACUUUUGAAUUUCUUCUCAAGUCGACGUUACUCGGCUGUCAGUACAAACGAGUCGGACAAAAGUCAAAAGUCACAUAAAAGCCUAAAAACGAAACCAUCAAUAAAACGAGGCAUAUCAGUGCUUGACGCGUUAUUUCAUGAGAGAAAAAGUGGUGAACGAACGAGACUACCAAAGUGCAUUUUCUUUUUUCUCACAUUUGGUGUGCUUCUUAUCUGUCUUGGAGUUUUUGUAGCCGUUUUUCAACCAUAUGACAUUAUCUUUAAAUGGAAACUUUUAUUGACUGAUGACGGAGAGAUUUUUCAAAUGUGGGAAAGGCCGCCUGUUGAUUUAUAUUUAAGGGUUUAUAUCUUCAAUAUCACGAAUCAUGAAGAGUUCAUGGCCGGGCGUGACAAGAAAUUGAACGUGGAAGAGGUUGGACCGUAUGUUUAUCGGGAAUUGAUGUCGCAUGAAAAUGUCACUUUUAAUAGCAACGGAACUUUAUCGACGAUCCCACAUCACCCACUCGAAUGGCGUGGAGACCUAUCAGAAGGCCAUUCUGAAGACGACGUUCUCUAUCUACCCAACAUUGCGCUCUUGUCAAUCGCACAUGUGACAGCACCAAAAAAUUAUUUCCUUCGUUUGCCGGUUAAUUUAGUAAUAAGAAAUUCAAACAGCCAACCAAUUGUAAAGAUGACGGCGAAAGAAUUCAUGAUGGGCUAUGAAAGCCCCUUAACAACGUUGGGAAAUACGUUAUUGCCACAUUGGAUUCAUUUCGAUAAAGUUGGACUUCUUGAUCGGAUGUACGACUUUACCGGUGACUUUGAAACAUUUUUUACGGGUGAGACGGAUAUAAGGAAAUCUGGAUUAUACGACACGGUUCGUGGAUCUACAGAUCUCCCACAUUGGACUGGUGAACACUGCAGCAACAUCCAAGACGCCAGCGAUGGAACAAAAUUCAAAAGUUUUAUUAAACCGAACGAAACUCUGAAAUUCUUCCGAAAGAGCAUGUGUCGACCACAACGACUUGUACGUACAGACAGUAGCGUCGACACCGUGCAAGGAUUGGAAGCAGUCAAAUAUCAAUUUGAAAAGAACGCCCUUGACAAUGGCGUUCACGAUGAAGCAAACAAAUGUUUCUGUCGUGAUGGCCAUUGCUUAGCUGAAGGACUUAGUGAUGUUACUGACUGUUAUUACGGCUUUCCAAUUGCACUCAGUUAUCCUCAUUUCCUCGAUGCUGAUCCAAUCCUCCUUGAGAAUGUCACUGGAAGUUCACCGAACCGUUCAGUACAUGAAAGCUUCUUCAUGUUGAAUCCCACAUCCGGCUUGCCACUUAAAUUAUCUGUGAAGUUUCAAAUCAAUUUAGUGAUGUCAGACGUUCGUACAAUGGCACAUGUAGAAAAGUUCUCUCAUUUAACAAUUCCCAUGCUUUGGUUUGAAUUUGCUUUGGAUACUUUACCUGAACGAUUAGAGAACAGAUUCGGCCUUUAUUUGAAUGUGUUGCCAAUUGUUGAGAAAGCUGGAAUGUUGAGUCUGUUCUUACUUGGCGCACUCUUCGCGAUCACAGCAGUUUCACGUGUAGCAUUGAAAACAUCAAAGUCAAUUACAUCUGAGAAUUCUUACAAGAAGUUUAAUCGAAAUCUCAUCAACAACUCUGUUUACAAUCCAUGCGAAGUGAAACUAAUUGAGCUUAAAUCGAAGAAACAGAUGGCGAAUAAUGUUACAAAGAUCAACGAGCGGACCAAACCUGACGAUGACGAUUCAUGCGAAGAAGAUUCCUUAAAUGUAAUCACAAGAAGUCAGUACGAGUUAGAAGACGACGAUGCAAUUUCCGAUAUCGAAUACAAUGAAAUUAAUGAAGAGGGUGAAUCAACUUCUUCAUCGUCUGAGGCGACGGACAUUGAAAGAUCGAAUCGAAGUUCAAUAGUCGAGAUUGAUAUUCCGUCAGAUGAUUGUGAAUCAGCUUUGGAAUCAACUUUUCUCACACAAACAACAAGUCAGUUGCUAGAAGUACCAUCGCGAAAUGUGCGGAGUUCGAUGUUAAAAAUCGUAGAAUCAGAUGAUGAAAGUUGAAGUCAAAGGGAUUGCAACAGGGAAAUUAAGAAGCCAUAGGAUCCUUGCAAUCGUCUGAAAAUUGAUUAACAAAGAUUUUCUACAGCACCAUGUGAACCUGAAUUAAUUGGAUAAGAAGCUUUACAAUCACAGAUCGUUCGAAUUCUCUUCUAUUAAAUUUCUUAAAUCACUUUUAAAUAUUUCUUUAGUUCUUUAGUCAAAGUAGACAGAAAGAUUUAACUUUCUUUCAAUAUAUCAAAUCUUAACUCUAAUUUUUAUUAAUUUAAGUUCACGAAUGAUAAAAGUAAUGAAAUUGUGUCGAUUCUUGAAAGGGAAGAUGACUUUCUACUUCAAACAAUGUUCAACUUCUCUCCAUUCUUGAAAUUGCCAUUUUCUUUAAACGAAAUAAUGAAGAAUUGGUUUUAAAUUUUGAUGACGGUGCAGUAAAAUUAUUUUUCAACUUACACCCAAAAUUUACGUUCAAAAGCUGUGAUUGAUUUUUAAUUAUUAUUAAUUGGUAAAUAAUAAUAAUAAGUGAAAUUAAUUAGAGAAGUUAAGUUAGCACCUUUAAAAAGUAUCUUUUAAUUAAUAAGCUUAAAGUUAUUUAAAAAUGUUAAUCUGUAAGAAACACGUCUCAGUGGCAAAUGUUUUGGCUUCCGAACUUCUUGAGAAACGUUUUCGUUCAUCUUUCUUCAUAAAUAUUAUAAAAGAUGAAUGAUUUCAAAAGACAAUAACAGGUUGGGAAGAAAAACAUUUAAAACCAAGAUAUCCACAAAGAUUUGAAAAAUGAAAACAAACGAAUAGAUAAUAAAAAAAUAUUUUUCGCUCUAA